AUGACUCCUUCACCGGCCCAAAUGAGUUCCGCAACGAUAACAGACGCCUUGUCGCCAGGGACGGCCUUCCUCGGGUCCGAGGCACCCUCGCUGCUCCAGCUGCCUCUCUUUCUCCGCCAGAUCCCAGAUAUCGUACUGGAGAUUGCCUCACACCUCCCCACGGAGUCCGCCAUGUGCUUGGCUCUGACGUGCAAACCACUCUACGGCCUUCUCUUCUCGAGCACGCUCCGGAACCUCAAGAGCAACGAAAGACAGAUCGCCGGGUUCCUCUACUUACUUCUCAAAGACCUGCAACGGACUCGAGACUGCACGUAUCUCUGCCACCAUUGCUCAAAACUACAUCGCUGGAGGUGUCCCCACGGGGGCCUCGGCCAGUGCGCGGCUUGCCCUGGCAUAGGAGUCGAACUGGGGCGUUCCAAGCACGCAGGCGAUCAACAGCACGCGUGCAUCACCUAUCGGUCCUACUUCACCUACACGUUCAAAGGGGUAGAGGCCGGCGGAGACUUCUCAAGAUGGGUCAUGCACCGGGAGCGCGGGGGGUUCUGCUCUUGCUGUGGGAAAUCGCCGUCCCGGGCGGCGAACGCUACGUCUGCAUGA